UUAAUAGAAUUCUUUUAAAAUAACUGUAGUGAGUGCAAUAUAAAAUGUUUUCACAAAAAUUUACUCGUUCAGACAUUUUCAUCUUUUGGCCGCUGAGUGUCGCUGUUUACUGCGCUUCAGUCAGAGCACGCGCACACUGGCAAACCGCUCGUACAGCGGGCGCGUUCACGACACGUAUCCUCACUAACUUUAGAGAAGUGUUGGAAGAAGCUCGAGAAAACUUGACUUCAUAGGGCGUGUAGGCUGCUAAUCUCAAAGCUGACGCUGGCCGCUACAAGAAAGCCGCUAUGGACGAUUUAGGUGAGUAACGAGAAUCUAAUUUUUAGUAAAACAGUUUUUUUAAAUCUUGUGAGAGCGGAUACCAGCAGGGCUGAGGAGUAGUGAACGUUACGUCGAGAUCUAGUGUUUUUUAAGAGCGUUUCUGGUUCACCGUAGGUCAUUGUAUUCAGAUAAACUUUGCUGUCGUUAGACAUGAACGGUACUGUGUAAAAUACAAUUUUAAAAAAAUUACACGUUUGACACAUUUUCUAUCUCACCCACUGUAUUUUACAAACGUAACUUGUAGCUGUAGCCUCCGUGAACGUUUCCCCGUAAACGCAACAUUAGUCGUGCUCCUCCUAACUACUUUUCCACCAAAUGUGCGCUUGAGGGAGGGAAUAUUUAGUUGACAUUUUGUCAUAAAGCUUUAGUGAGCUGGUCCACUCGCCUCAGGCUACUCAUUCCAGCUUUGAAGUGGUGGAGUCAACAGGCCUCCCUAUUUAGUUUGCACACUGCAGCACAAUGUGAGCUCAGCCAUAACUUGGCUAAACCCAGCCUCCAGUGGAAAGAAGAAAACUGGAAACAACCCAUGACUACUACUAAAAGAGUUGGUUUACAAAUUCAGUAUGACAUGUCUAAAGCAACCCCUCAUAUUCAGAGUUAUGCAGCAUAAGGGACACGGGAAUUAUGUCCCUAACCCCCAUGGGGCUUUAUUAUGAGCGCAGCUUUAAUAUUUGGGAAAAUAUUGUCAACAUAUUAAAAGUUUCUGGUUAAUUAGCAUCUUUCUGAGCAUGGUGGUGUUUUGUUUUAGAGAAAACUGCCAUCAUUGGUAAGCUGACUUCAGCUUCUUUAGAAUAGUAUGUAGCAUUUAAAUGUAUGUAAAUGCUAUAGUAAACGUGACACAUUGCAGAUUUAUACAGUAAAAUCAGUAAUUCUACAUUGUAAAUAAAAAUGUUUUCCCUUAAGUUUGAGUUUACCUGGUUUUAUCCUGUUUGUUUGAUGAAUUAUACAUUUGUUUUAACAUGGAACAGCUUUCCACUCGAACUCCUUACAACUUUACAAACGUUUGACACAUAUGUCUUUUUGUUGAUUAUUUAGUAUUAUUAUUUUGUUAUCAUUAACUUAUGGUCUUUUGAGUUGAACUUGUCUGUUACUAGCGCUUUCAUGAGCUAUUUUCAAAGCACUAGUUCAGAAUAAACUAUUUAUUUAGCCAUUCUUUUGACUGAUUUCAAAGCAGCCCUGCAGUUAAAUGGAUUAGUUAAUUGUUUAAGUGGAAACAUGAUGUGCUACAUUUUACAUUUGAACUGUUGUGAGAACGUCUCCAGGGCACAGAUGAUGCUCUGGCUGCCCCAGGUUACUGAAAGGACCUAUUGUUGGUUGAGAGAGAGCUUCCAGGUCUUCUGCAGGGCGAGACUGCUGAGGAAUUUUGAGCAUCAUUCUCUGUCGGGGUCCAAGGCCAAAUACUCUCUGGGUCAUGACUCACCUCCUGUCACUCAGCUCAGUGUACUGGCAGUUUCAGUCUUUCCUGAUUAAAUCUCCAACCAUUACAAACGUGUAAAAGAAAGCUAAAAACAAAAAGUGUAAGCUAGAUAAAUAUCUUAUAUUGACAGUCUCAACAUUCCUACACCCUUCCUAAACAUGCUAAAACAAUGAUAAAUAUUUGUAAACACUUUUCUGUACUUGGACUGAAGUCAGUUAAAAGGACCCAUAGGCUGAGGUGUGGCGUUAAGCUGGCUAUUGACAGAUCUAGAUGAAAUAUUGAUAUUAUAAUUUCCCCCUCUUUUCCUAUUUUUAUUUAUCUGCCCACAUUUUUCACAGCUGAAGAAAGGAAUUCCCUAAAUUUUGAGACAAUUGUACAUGCUGUUCCUUUGAGUCAGAUAUGCAGCGGACUUCUCCAAUCAGUCUUUUACAGUUUUUUGCCAGGUGGCUGCCAGACGUAGUCCUGCUUUUAUGACUGAUGUAGUUUGUUGGAAUAGUCCUUGACUGGAUGCAGACUUAAGGCCACACGUGGCAUUUUCCUGUUUGUUAGCCUGUUCUGCUGCUGAACCUUUUCAUAAAGGAAUCAUUCAGCUCGCCGGGAACUUUUCAGGCUUUAUUGUUGAACUCCUGUUUCAGAUGUUGACAUUUUUCCUGAUAUUUUCGGUUUUUGAUUGGUGAUCAACUUUGUGGGCUAUUCCACCUCAUUAUUUCAGGCCCAGACUAAAGCCAUUUUCACACUUGAACACCUGAGAAGAAUGUGCAGAUGGUCUGAUCCAAAGGUUAUUUGAGGUUGCUGUUCACACAUGUACUUCACAGCAGGGAAAGUUUCUGCUUCAGGUAAACUUUAACAGCAUGAAACACCGGUGAGAGAGAGAGAGAGGUGCCGAGGAGCGUUUGUCUACUGGGGCUGUUUUUUGUAGAUUUCUUUAGCCUGAGUAGCAAACAGUGUACAGGUGAAACUGGAAAAAUUAGAAUAUGGUGCAAAAGUUCAUUUGUUUCAGGAACUCAACCUAAAGCUGCAAUAGCAAAUCUGAACAACAAGCUAGCUAAGAAACAAGCUAGCUUUUAAAGACAAACAUGGUCAUGGAAGUCCCACCCCUCCUGUGGGCUAUUAUCGCUAGGCCAUGUCCUCCUGGUACCAGAACCUGCAUUGUCAGAGUAAACGAGAAAGCUCCAGCCGUCAUUUUCUACUUCCAAACAUCCUUUGUGUUAUGUGAUUUCAAAUUGUGUUUUUCUUUUUGGGAAUCUGGUAGUUUGUCCUAAUGUUGAAGUGGUAGCAGCUGGCUGUUUCUCUUUCUUUUGAUAUUGAGUAGAGAACCUCAAACCAGUGGUGUUCUGUUGCAAAAAGCGUGAGCGCAUAAUGAAUGGAGGACCCAGGCACUUGCGGAAGUGUGGUAAGACAGGCAACCAGAUGGUCCAACUGUUGGUUUUAUGCUGAGCUGUGUAAUUGACUGAGGUUUUAAGACAAAUGUGAGAGAACCACUUUAUUAAUUUUGUAUUUUUUAAUCUCCAUUAGGGGUAGAGCCAUUUAUCGCUAGAUCGAUAUGUCAGCCCGAUAUUUACUGUUUUUAAAAUGUAGACAUCGGCCGAUAUUUGUCCUUACUAAGGCUGAUUUAAAGUCAGGUGCAUCCUCGGACAGCCUGGUGCUUUUUCAGAAUUUAAUUUAAAUGUGUUUUUACAUUCACUAUUAACAUCUGCAUAAUCAACUUUGCUUAGGUGUCAGACUUUAACACUGAGAAGUGCACAAAGUUAAGAUUUAACUAUCCAGCCAUCCAUCCAUUUUCAUCCGCUUAUCCAGAGUCAGGUCGUGGGGGCAGUAGCCUAAGCUGAGAGACCCAGACUUUCCUCUCCCCAGCUACUUGGGCCAGCUCCUCCGGGGGAAUCCCAAGGCGUUCCCUGGCCAGGUGAGAGAAAUAGUCCCUCCAACUUGUCCUGGGCCUACCUUUAGACCUCCUCCCAAUUGGACGUGCCCGGAAAACCUCACCAUCCUAACCAAAUGCCCGAGCCACCUCAACUGGCUCCUCUCGAUGUGGAGGAGCAGCAAAUCUACUCCGAACCCCUCCCGGAUGGCCAAGCUUCUCACCCUAUCUCUAAGGGAGAGCCCAGCCACUCUGCGGAGAAAACUCAUUUUGGCUGCUUGUAUCCGCGAUCACAUUCUUUCGGUCACUACCCAAAGCUCACGACCAUAGGUGAGGGUAGAAACGUAGAUCGACCGGUAAAUCGAGAGCUUCGUCUUCUGACUUAGCUCUCUCCGCCAUGACAAACCGGUACAACGCCCACAUCACUGCAGAUGCAGCACCAAUCCGCCUAUCGAUCUCGUGCUCCAGCUUUCCCUCAGUCGUGAACAAGACCCCCGAGAUACUUAAACUCCUCCGCUUCUUCUUCCGGCUCUUGGAGAGUACAGACACUUUUUUCUCCUCUCCCUCCCUCCUCCUCCCAAGGCUCUCUGUCCUGUCUGCCUGUGCUCUGCGCUUUCUGCAUUAUUUCUGGAAACUGGAAAUUAUUAAACAUGGGUCUGGUCAGUUGGUCUCUCAACGAGAUUGACAAAAUUUUUUCAACGAUGAGAACGGGAGAAGGGGCUCCCGGAUGCCCCUCAGGGACAGAGCCAGCUGGGUAUAUCAUGGACUCCUGGAAACAGGAGUCCAUGAUGGAGGAUUCUGAAGACGUCUGGAUAUUUGUCGUUUUGGUGUCGGGAUUCCUGCUGUUUGGCCUGAGUGGUUACCUGGCAUACCGGAAAAUUAAUGAGCUUUCGAGGAAUAUUGGCUUAAUCCCAGAGCUCAGGGAUGGAAUGCGUCGCGCUGUGAACUCACAAACUCAUAUAAUUGUAGAGAUGAGUCGUAAGCUUGGAACUUUGGCUGAGAUUCAGGUGGAUUCGAUCAAGGAGAGAGUUGACGGAUCAGCAUGGAUUGGAAUAGAUUGAUCACGCCAUUAUUUGACCUGGAGGGGUUGAAGACCAACAUAACUCUAAGGCAGAGAGGGAAUUAUCUCUGUCUGUACCCAAAACAAUUCUUAUCUGAAUCUGGUGCCCUUGAAGCCUGUGAGGCUGAAGUGAUAACUCCACCCUUCAGAAGAAAUGUGGAAUGCUGCCAUUGCUAUGGAAGCCCUUUCUCUCCAUCCCAGCCUGGGCGGGACUGUGACCGGUGAAGGCCGUGGAACUGUAUCUAGGAGUCAAUGUUCUCUCUAACCCAUUAUCUCCCUCCCCUGUCCAAACAGAGGUGAUGAGCGCUGCACGUCCAGAAGUGAGGAGAGUCCCAACCCUACCUCCUCACCUAGAGGACACUUAUGUUGUGUAUUGUCUGAAGUCUGUGUGCAUAUCUGUCUGAGGUGUUUUUUUGCAUAGCAAAGCUAUCCUCUCUGUCAGGGGUAACUGAAGUGCCUUUUUUCCCCCUCCCCUUGACUCUGUCCUCAUAUAAACCCUCUUGAUCUAUAAUGGUAGUGCGACUCAUGAUGCGAAUAACCACAGUCACCAAUUCUCGUUGUGUGUCUAUGUAUGUAUGUCUGAUCUUAGAAUUGUGUGUACUGAAACAAUUGAAUUUCCCUCUGGGAUUAAUGAAGUAUUUUUGAAUUGAAUUGAGGCAGGACCUCAUCCCUGACCCGGAGAAAGCAUUCUACCCUUUUCCGAAUCAAGACCAUGGGCUCAGAUUUAGAGGAGUUUAUUCUCAUCCCAGCUGCUUCGCACUCGGCUGCAAACCGCUCCAGCAAAAGUCGAAGAUCACGUUCUGAUGAAGCCAACAGGACCACCUCAUCUGCAAAAAGCAGACACCCAAUCCUCAGGCCACCAAAACGGAUCUCCUCAACACCUUGGCUGCGCCUAGAAAUCCUCUACAUAAAGGUUAUGAACAGAAUCGGUGACAAAGGGCAGCUUUGGUGGAGUCCAACUCUCACCGAAAACGAGCCUGACUUACUGCCGGCAAUGCGGACCAAGCUCGGACACCGGUCAUACAGGGACCUAACAGCCCAUAUCAGAGGGCCUAGUACCUCAUACAUUAAGGUUUAACAGUUGAUUAAAUGCAGAGUUCAAAAACGGAUUCAGCUUCAGAAAUUGUGUGCAUCAGCCACUGUUAUUAGUGACAUUUUAGCAUGAAAAUAAGGUGGAAAACAUCUGGAUAUAGGCCAUGAAAAUUGGCCCACAACAAUCGGCAAUGCAUAUCAAUCUACGGCUGACCAUAUCUCCGACAUAUCAAUCUCGGCAAAAGAAAAACCAAUAUCAGUCUACCUCUGAUCUGCAUAAUGUAUUUAUAACCAUACUAUGUUAGAACCUUAAGAUGCAUGAAAAAAUGUUUAAAGCUGGCUUGUUUAGCAGAUUUCCUAUUGUAUCUUUGUGAGAGGUCUCAAGCUAAUUAUGUUUACAAAAAUAAAUCCAAAAGUCCCAUUUCCUUGUUAAAACAUCCGUCGGUUUAGUUCAGGGCCCCCAUCACGGGGUCGUGAUCAAACUGAUCGAGAACAAUCAUGUGAAGGCCAGUGAAUUAUUUGGUAUCCUCCUCCAAACUGUUGUGUGGUCUUCUGCUGCUGUAGUCCAUCUAUCUAAAGCAAGGUGUUGUGGUUCAGAGAUGUUUCUCUGCAGGUCUUGGUUGAAACCAGUGGUUAUUUGAGCUGCUGUUGUCUUUCAGUCAUCUAAAACCAGUCUGACCAUUCCCCUUUUACCUCAACAAGACAUCCUCAUCAGCUCACCUGCUGUUCACUUGAUAUUUUCUCUUUUUCACACUAGCCUCUGUAAACCCUGGAGGUGGUUGUGGAUGAACCCCCCCCCAGUAGAUCCACAGAUUCUGAAAAAAUCAGACCAGCCCCUCUGAUACAAACAACCAUAAAAGCCAUAUAAUUGGGCCUACUUUUAUGUACAGUACCUUGUGAGAGAUGCUUUCUAAAUAAAGUGUUAUUUACUUUUUUAACUCUCCAUUCUUCUCCAUUGUGAUGCUUGAAUCGAAACAUCAGCAAUUCGUCUUCUCCACGUCUCAAUGUUUGAAUGCCCUGAGUCUAUGUCACUUGAUUGGCUGAUAACAUCCUUUUUCUGAUAACAAUUGUAAACGUGUACCUGAUGAAGUCUGUGUACCUACGCAUGGGAAAUGGAUUUAGCUUGUGAUUAAUUUAUCAGAAACACAAACUUUGACCAAACUACAGUUCUAAAUUUAAAAUACAUAUAUGGGUAAACUAACAUUAAUAUACUAUAGUCUAACUUACUAAAUGAUUGAACAUUUGUGCUUUUAGGGUUUUCUACAAAGCAGUAGGAAAUCUAGCUGAACAUUAGAUGGAAAUAGAAAGUUUGGAAACCUGAUUGGAUCAAAGGCAGAAGAAUAAUUUGGUAUGUUUACCUUUUGAAAUUUUGUGAUCUGAUUGGUAAUGCGGCUUAGUAAGGGUGCCAGUCAUAGUUUUAAAUAGUGAAACCUGCAUAGUAACCUUUAGGAUUAGUUGAUCAACCUGGCAGAGGAAGGUACCCCCCCUCCCCAAAUAAAAGUUGGUAAAGUGAGUCUAAGCAUCAUGGUCCAGCAUGUUUACAGUAUUUACGCAGCAUACCAGAGAUCUUCCAAGGUCUUUAGUGGGCUUCUGUGUCUUGUGUGUUGGCAGUUACAGUUAGAGUUACCAAACUAGCUAUCAUCACCCUGUUAAAGCUGUUGGGUUAGCACAUACUAUCCCUAACCAGUGGGCUUGUCUGCAAGGCUAGAAAGAUGCCCCCUACUAUAAAUCAGCCUUGUUCCUGAGUUCCACACCCAUCCUGUUUUGGGCCUGGAGAAGAGAGAGCUGCAUGGCUGACCUCAUCGCUCAGGCAACCGAGCCUGUUCCAUAUCCUCAGGAAACAGUGGAAGAAAACAAUGAGUGGAGUCAGCGCUGGAGGCCAGCUAACACUGUUGGAGGGGGCAGCUGUUGGCCUUCAGUCCGAACUUGGUGCUAGAACAGCAUUUCCACUGUUACAUGCUGUUUUGUCGUAUUAUUUCACUUGUCUUCUUGUUUUUUGGUCAUGCUGUUCCCUUUCCUUUUGAAUUGAGCGACCACGUAAUUUGGCUCAGAGCACAACACAGAUCAUUUACUGAAGAGGUCUGUGUUAUGGAGUAGGAAGGACCAUUUGCUCCUGCUGGAUUCAUGCAACAUAACUAAUAUGGCACACCCCAAGGCACAAGUAAAGUUGUCCAUCCUCAGAGAGGAGCUGUGUGUUUAGUCAUAUAUUGUGUCAUAGUCAUCUUUCUACAUUUUCUGCCUAACAGUUAAGUCUCAUCUGAAAAUGUUCAGCAACCUGUGAUGUUAGUUGCAUAAUGUAUUUAUUGCACAAUUAAGUAGUAAGUAAGUAAAUUGUAUUUAUAUAGCACUUAUCACAGACAAAGAAUCAUAAAGUGCUUCACAUAGAUCAAAACAAAAUAAAACGGUCAUAAAAUCAUGAUCUCAAAACAGAAGUAGAUUAACAUCAGAAAAAAAUAAAGUCAUAAAAUUCUAAAAUUUCAUAAAUGGAUGAAAGAUUAAAAUUUUGAGUUAAAAGAAGAAAGUAAAAAAAAUUACGUAAAAGCAGCUUUAAAUAAAAGGGUCUUUAGCGGUUUUUAAAAGUAUCCAGACUGUCAAUGUUGAUUAAUAGUGUUGGUACAAAGUUGCCCAGAGUCAACGUUUGCUUUAAACAUAAACCUGUAAAAUAUCUCUAGCUACUUUAGAAAUGUAAAAAUGUUUCAGUUAUAAGGUAUUUUCUGGUAUUUUAUUAAUUACUCUGAUCUAUAUGUUGCAGCAACUCCAAAUUAUUUGAUCAAAUGUUUACAGAAUUCAGUUCAAAGUUAGAGACUGGCAAGCUUAAACAUUUUAUUUCAAUACUUAAAAAUCACAUUUAGUUUGGAUUUCACCAUUUUUGACCGUUAAAGGUUUCCUAUAAACGGAUCACAUUACCAGUGAUAUUUACACAAGUUAGCUGGAAAAGCCCGCUUUCUGAUACUCAUUAAACACACAGCUUAUAUGAUCAACAGAUAAUAUAUCCCAUUGCUGAGGUCGGGUCACAAAACCUUUUGCUGCGGCAUUUUGAGACAAUCCAAAAAUCUAUUACCUGAAAAAAAAUUCCAAUAGAAUAUUUUCAACAAAACUCAUGUAAAAAUAAGCUGCAUAAAUGAGAAUAAGUAGAAAAAUGAGUUAAAGCUGUUUUUGUUUUCAUUCUGUUGUUUUUAGUACUAUUUGUGAUAUUUGAAUCUUUGCUUUUGCUAUUAUCUCAGAAUUACUGCAUUAAAGAAUAAUGCAAAUAUUAAUCUUUUAUGAAAAUAGUUUGACGUGGCAGCUGAGGGUACUAGUUGUGACUGUAGGUAUUUUAACUAAUAUGUGAGUUUUCUACAUGAGAGAGCAGAAAUAUCUAAAUAUUUGUGCUGGUAUUAAACCAGUCUGACUGGACAAGCCGUGGAUGGAACUGUUGCUUUUAAAACUUUUCUUCCAUUUUAAUGUCUGCCUUUUACUGUAUGACCAUAUUUGUGUUGACUAACUGUUUUUAUUACUUUUGACACAAGAAAAAGCUAAGACAGUCCUUCUUUGCUGCUCUCCAUCAACACACAGCUCCUCACUGACUUCUCUUUCAUGGCUGGCUCUCAAUGUGUCCUCAGUGACUGAGUGCUACAUCAGUCUUCACACUUUCCCUUGUGAUCUGAUUUACAUUUCUGCAGGGAAGUACUUUUAUUUUAGUCCAGCAGUCUUUUUUUUAAGUGCAGUGUCAUAUUUCAGAUAUGAGUCUGCCUGGCUGGGUAUUUUUAGACAGUAAUCACCCUAAGAUGCUCCAGCCUCCCUGAUUGUAUGGCAUUACUGUCAUUCAUUCUUUGUUGGUAUCACAUUGUGUGUUCUACAAUAGGAACAGAUGGCCAUCUGCAACCUGCUGGCUUGACCAAUGUAUACCUUUUGAGUCUGUUUUAUGUCAAUACAUUUUCUGUCCUUUUCCCCCAUUCCUACUUCCUCUGUGCCUGGGUCCUACGCUGCUGUAGCUAUCCCAGUCUGCCUCACUGGCAUCUCACCCUGGCCCCUCCUUUUUUUUGUUUGUUAUAAAUAUCAUGUUGGGUUGGCCUGAUGGGAUAGGGUUUCGGUGUGGGACUGUGGCCAUUCCUGCUCUUUUGCUCGCCGGGUAUAAACAGGUGAGCUGUAGACCCUGGUGACCCAUCAGCACCGACCACGUGUUAAUAAAUAAAGAUUAGACCAUCCUGAUUUAGUCUGCCUGCUCUGUCCUCAAUACUUUGUGGCUAAGAGCAGCAAAAACCCUGGCAUCUCCCUAUUGUGGAAUUCAAAGCACGCUGUGGACAGCAGGACAGGUCCUGUAAUUGCUGGCACUGUAUUUUCAUUUUCGGCAUGCAGAUGGUGUUUUGUAUUUGCACACAUUCCUCGCUAACUCUUUACCUAGAACCAUGUGGAAUUGCAGGAAUUCCCUGCUUGAAUAUGUUUUAUUACAAAGUGCUUUUUGAUCCAAGUGACAUGUUGAACUUUAAGAGUGACAAAAUUAGGGUUGUGUGAUCUCUAUGUAACUUUCCACAUCUCACUACCUGAUUACUGCAUUUACAAAGUGGACAGAAGAAUGUGUGGAAUUCCUCAUGUGCAUUCAUUCCCAUCUGAUAAACAUUGCAGGAUGGUGGCAGGGUCUUGUGUGGGUGGAUAAGGCUGCACAAAGUCAAGACUGUACUUGCACCCACUGCCACAGGAAUGUGUACAGUAGCAACACAAGUUACCACUGUGACCACAGUCAGAUCCCCCUACAAAGCAGCCCUUGAUCGCCAUUUUGCUUGAAUAGAGUCUGAUAAAGGCAUUUUGAAUUAUUUGAUCAAGCCAUGUAAAUUUUGACAGCUUUAUUCCUCCAGAUUGUGUGCAACAGACCAUCGAGUAAGGAUGUUGUUUAAAGUGGACUUUGGAAUGGAAAAUAUUAGCUUAAUACUUGGCCCACAGUGCAUGUUUGCAAUCUUAAUGCUUCUUUUGUCAGUAAUUUUUUUGUUGACAAAAGUUUAUUUUGUUAAUAUGUCUUGUCAAAUUUAGCAUUGCUCCUCUUUCACUAGGAAACUAAAAAAUAUGUAAGUUGAAAUGGAGGAAAAGCCAUUUUAGUGAUUAUUUCAUAUGUUUGUGCUAAUGAGUACUCAGUUACUAGAUGUGCUGAAUGAUUACAGAAACUGUGUGUUUAUGUUCACUUUGACUCCGUGUCAGGAUCUCAUACAUGCUGCAAGCUCUUGGAACGUAGCCCUAAAGCCUGAUUCGUGCUUCUCCGUCAGUGCGGAGACACGCAACGUCCCUGCGGGCCUGCCGGAGAGCUCCGCAAGGACGGACGGAGUCGAGCUCUCUUUUCUAAACCUCCGUCAGUCGACAACGCAAGCUUGUAAUUGGUCAGGACGCCGCUGUUGUCUACAGCGCCGCCAUUGCGCCCUCAAAAACAUAAAGAGAGCCAAGGAUAACAAGCGGCAGACACGGAGCAGCUUGAAGAAUACCUCACGAAAAAACUCUAAAAACAUGAAUGUUUAAUUCUCCCGUGACUGGAGGAGUGAAAAGAUGCGCAGCAAGCGUUUUAUCUGUGGACGGAAAUGACAGGAAACGUGGGUUUAGAGGUGGGGAGCGCAUGAAUAGGUGGAGGAGAAUGAGAGACAAAUUUGUUUGUGUUAAAAAGUCUCUUAUAUACAAAAACACAAUACAAACACACUAUCUUGGGCCGAUACACGACAGGAUACCACAGAACAGCGCUACGCCCUCUGUUGUCCUGCCGGGCAAUUGCUUUGCAACACUCCCCAGGAGAUGGAGAGGUAUGAGAGCAAAACGCUUCCGUCAAUCCGUGCGUGUCUGUCCCUUGCGGAGCUGACGGAGAAGCAUGAACCCAGCACUCUGCAGGUCAUUCACUAGGUCCUCGUGUGUAGUUCUGGGGGCCUUGCUCCCCGUUCUUCUGAUCAUUUUGACCCCACGGGGUGAGAUCUUGCAUGAAGCCCAUGAUCCAGGGAGAUUAUCAGUUGUCAUCCACUUUCUAAUAAUUGCUCCCACAGUUGAUUUCUUCACACCAAGCUGCUUACCUGGUGAUGAUUCAGUCUUCCCAGCCUGGUGAAGGUCUACGAUUUAGUUUCUGGUGUUCUUUGACAGCUCUUUGGUCUUGACCAUAGUGGAGUUUGGAGUGUUACUGUUGGAGGUUGUGGACAGGUGACUUUUGUACUGAUGACGAGUUCCAACAGAUGCCAUUAAUACAGGUAACGAGUGGAGGACAGCAGAAGGAGUUACAGGUCUGUGAGAGCCUGAAUUAUUGUUUGUUUGUAGGAGAACAAAUACUUCCACAAUAAUUAGCAGAAAAAAUUAUUUAAAAAUCAGACAAUGUGAUUUUCUGGAUUUUGUUUCUCAGAGUUGAGGUAUACCUGAAAAACGUAACAGGCCUCCCUCAUAUUUUCAGUGGGAUAACUUUCACAAUUGGAGGCUGACUGGGGCUGCCACAGACCACUAGUCGUGUCAUGCAUAAGGGUAAUGCUUUUUGCACCAGGAAGCCUCUAAUAUACCCAUCACUAGCUUCUAUUUUGAAGUGUGAUCAGUUGUGUGCCAUCUAAUAAUAAAGACAAGAUGAUGGCUUAUCAAUCACUUUUUAAUUAACUUUGUAACCUGUUAAUACAAAUGCUACAGCCAAAUGGAGGCAGGCGUCUAAAACCAAAAUUUUAUUGAACACAAAAAUUACUUGUGUUCACAAAUGUAUCCAGCUAAAAUUGUCAGUUUUGCUUAGUAACAAACUCGAAGCGGAGCACCUUUUUAAACACUAACAUAACGAGAUAAAAUAAAUCAUUAGCAUUUGUAAUGUUAGGGCAAAUACAUGACUUACAUACAUGUUCUAAAGGUAGUAAAAUCACCAUCACUACUGUUGUUACACCGAUGAAUACAAGUAACUCUGUUGAUAUUAGCAGCUAACAAGAGGCGAUUAGCUCACAGAGGCGACUGUUCAUUCUCCGCCAUGGCUCGUGCAUUGCCGUUGUGUUCCCAUGAAAGGACACUAUCACUUAGCAGAUUUUGCGCUCUACAUGCUUUGCUCCCAAACCUUUGAGCUAUGUUGCCUACUUGCAAUGAUGUCUUCUCUGUCUGGUGAUUCUGAUUCGAAGGCUGAUCUGGAUGGCCUCUACUGCCCAUGCGCCUCGAGCUGAAAGCAGCAGCUGACCCGGGUGGCCACUACUGCCUUAAGCAGAAAGACAGAAAGCUGCUGCCGAAGGUGCCACAGCAGGCGACAUUAAAGAAAAUACUCAAAGAAUAAACAUUGUCAACUAUUAAAUUUAUAAUCAACUAUUUUGUUUGCCGACAUCAUCGUGAUUAACCCACGUAUCGUGGCAGCACUAAGGCUGACUAAAUAUGUUUUGCCCCUUUGUACGUAAAGUGUGAAUAAAAAAUAUCACUGUGUGGGCUCAGCUUGUGUAUGCAGAUAAGCAGGGGCGCCGAAAAUUUUGAUAGGGGGUGGCCAGACGAGGCCAAAGACAUUUUUGGGGUGACACAUGUAAUUGUAUUGCAUUGCUCCUUUAUUCAUUUUUAUUUAAAAAAAUGAAAUAAAAUAAACAGAACGUAUCCAAACAUUCAACUCAAAUUUUACAAACAUUUCAGUUAUUUUUAAUUUUAUUCCAAAUUUUAUGUAUUUUUUGUUUAAUUCACCUGUUACUGUGUUCACAAAAAAAUAUGGAGAUAAAAAUGUUUUCGAAAUGGUGAGCAGCAGAAACAUAUGCAUUUUUUAAAUUCUGAUUAUUUCUUUACUCAUUAGUUGUACUAUUUUUUAUUUUGUUUUACAAUUAUGUCUUGAAUAAAUAAGAUCAAUUUAUGGUUGGAGUGAACAUUAAUAUGAUUUAUUAACACUGGGUUUUGCUGGGGGGGCAGCAAUUUUCUAGGGGUGGCCAUGGCCACCCCUUGGGGGCACCCUUGCAGAUAAGGAGAAAAAUGUGCCAUAUUUAUAGUGAUCCUUUAAACAAUGAGCUCUCUUUAUCACAUUUCUCUUUAUUUCCUCUGUUUCCAUUGCAGAUCAGAGGUCAGCAGUCAUUCCUACUUCUAUCUCUUUUUAGGAAACAUGGAAAGAAACAAAAAUGACGUGUGUGUAAACUGAGCUCUGGUCUCUCAGCUUUGUUUUGUUUCUUACUGAAGCCACAUCUGCCUUUGUUCUGAUUUAGUGUAGGCUCUGUUUAGGAAAACCAUGUUUACAACAUGAUGCUGCUGUCAUCAGUGUUUGACUGAAUGGAUGAUAAUGAGGUUGAAUUUGGUUUCUCAUUUCCUACGUUCAUAGCUCAACAUUGGGGUGAAAUGGUUUCAUCUUUGUUUUUGGAUAAUAAUGAGACUCCAAAUCCUGCCGUUUUCUCCCCCAUCUCCUCUAGCUAGCUUCUAGCUCAUAUAACAGGAGCGCGAGAUCGACUCACAAGGCAUUGAUUUAUACUAGACACUACUGCAAAUAUUUUUAUAAAAAAGAGUGAACUUUAAGUGAUUUGAGUUUUCUAGACUGCGAAGAGAGUCUUUUACUUCUUAUUACCACAUUUAGGCGAAGUUGACAAAAAAGGCAUUUUUUAAAUUGUUUUUUUCUGAUUAUAAUCAUUCACCCUGAGUUUGUCAUGCAGGCUGAACGUGAAGGAGUCUCCUGCACCAAUCUCCUGCAUUAGCUUCUGAUAGAAAAUAGUGAUGUGUCGGUCGCAACCGAACCGGCUCUAAGAGCCGGCUCUAUGAAGUGAGCCAGCUUGUCAUUGGGAGCCGUCAUCCCCCCUUCCUUUGGUGAAAGCCACAGGCGAUUGGCCAACAUGUGUAACUGCAUGUCCAGACUGUCCACACACAAAGCAGUGGGCGGGGAAGAGGGAGGAUCAGACUGACUACGUUUACAUGCAGCCAAUAUCUGGGUUAUGAUCGGGUUAAGGUCGGUCGGUUUCUGAGUUGAUCAGAAUAACCCGUUUACAAGCAUAAAUAGAAAGAGUUACCCCUAGCUUGCAUAACCCGAUUUAAAUGUGGACGUUGGGGUAGCGUCAGGACGUAUGGACUACGUCCAGACGCAAUAUGCGUCAUUUCCGGUUCUUCUUGUUCUGGUAUCCGUGAAAACAACAACAUGUUUCCCAGUUCGGAAGAGAUGGCGACCGCGUUUGUUUGCGCUUUAGUUUCCUCGUCACUCCAAAAGUGUGGUGCUGUGCCGCGACUCACCAUGUUGCUCCCAACUUGUUGUUUACUUCCGGUGUUCUGGCGCAUACAAAACGUCUCGCUACUCAAAAGACCAAGACUCCUUGCGAACAGAGCAUGCGCAGAACACACGCUGUGAUGGGGAUAUCCCGAUAUGCGUUUACACGGCCAAACAUUCGGGUUAGAAAAGAGUUACCCCAGGUGUAGUAACCGGGUUUUUAAAAACCCAGUUAUGAGCAUAUCCGGGUUUUUGGCGGUGUUUACAUGGACCUGCGGAACCGGGUUAUUGUGAAUAUUCGGGUUUUAAAAGGGUUACUGGCUGCAUGUAAACGCACUCACUCGGACACACACACAGCAGAGCACAUGUGGGUGGAGGGAGACGAGAGGGAAUGAGGAGGAGGAAAAAGGCGAGCGAGAGAGGAAAGUGCGACGAAGACGGUGAGAAAAUGAGCGACAGCAGUCGGAAAGUUGAGAUUUCUUAAAGUGUUCAGUUAAUAAAUCCAUAUAAAUGAUGAAUAUAUGAUAUAUUGCAUUUUUUUACAUUAGUAAAUCAUUUUACAUAUAGUAUUGCAUUAUUUUUGGUGAUAAAUAUACUUUACGCUACAGAAAAUCUGAGGAGCCACUUGGGAGCCGAAAGAGCCGACUCUUUUUGGUGAGCUGAGUCAAAAGAACCGGCUCUUUAAAAGAGCCAUAAUUCCCAUCACUAAAAUAGAUGGUGAAACUCUAGGAUUUGAAAUCCUCUCAGAUAUACGUCACACUAUGAAUUACAUUCAAGGACUCACCGAUCUUGACUCACGAUGGAGAAAGCUGGUGUUUUAACAUCUGGGAAACAGCAGCGGCUAGUUUGCUAACCGUUAGCAUUAGCAACUUUACCACACCGCAGAAGGUUCUCCAGGCUUGUGGUAUUUGUGGAGAUUAAACAUCCAUGUUGCAAGUCAGUGGAUUCGCGUUGCUUUUAGUGGUUUAACAGAUCAAAAAACUCACGGUUUGGAUCGGAUCACGGUUUUCAAAGGAUCGGAUCAUUUUUUGGAUCAUCAAAAUGAAAAGUAAAGACAAAUAGCUUUGCUCUCUCUUUAUUUUGUAGAACAAUUAGUGCAACAUUUUCUGCCCAAUUUGCCACUUGCUUUUACAAUAGGAAUUACAGAGAGGUCCGACUGCUUAUUAAAUGUUAAAGUGGCUUGCCCUGUAGACACGCUCACUCCCUGCAUGUCCAGCUUUCAGUCAUAUUCUCACCUUUCUCAAGUGCUAUUUAUUUUUCUGUCCUCCUUUUUUACAGAUUUGUCCUCAGCAAUAUUUACAGGUCCCACCACGUUAAUGUAAUAAUUGUCCCGGGUAUUUUUGCAUGCUCUGACCUGUCAGACAUGUUCUGAUGCUAAGAAAGCACUAAUUUUUGAAUGGGGUAAAUGCUAUUGUAGGUUUUGUGUCAAAAUAUGUCCAGGACUACAAAUGUGCAAUACCAAAUGUACAUCAUUGGACCAGAAACGGAAAAACGAAGAGGAAAUGGCUAUAAGUUCAGCAAACUUUAAAUCCUUCCUUCAGGACGAAAGACUCACCAUUAGGGCUGCACAAUAUUAGGAAAACCUGCAAUAUUCGAUAACAGUGAUUAAUAUUGUGAUGACGAUAUUACUUGCGAUAAAUUAAAACUUAACUCCAGAACAAAAAUGACCAAAAAAGAAAGAAAAAAACUCAUAAAAACGAGAAAUGCAAAAGAUGUGAGGAAAGGGAAAAUGAAAAAGAAAAGGCAAUCAGUGGAUCCUGGGAAAAGCAGAAUCAGCUAAAAGAGCAGAACAGAGCUAACUCAGGUGUUUGCUAUCCAUCAAAAUUAAGUGCUAUCCGUCGCGGGGGCGGGCAUUUAACCUAUGAGAACCCACCCAAUUGGCCAAAUGGGUAAAGAGCUCUAUUUGAUUUGUUAAAAAAAAUAAUGCUUCCAUUUGAUUGACAGAAUGCAUUAUGUUUAGCAAACAUUUGAGCUGACCGUUCAUUGCGAUAUUUAUCUUUUCUUUGCGAAAUACGUAUUGUGCAUGCUGAUAUCUCGAUAACAAGAUAUUUACGAUAUAUUGUUCAGCCCUACUCACCAUAAAUUUGGCCAUUUGAUAAGUAGCAGCUACGGUAGGGGAGACGUCAUAUGUGCCAACGUCUGAUUUGUAGUGAUGCUAAUUAUGAACUUUUACAAGCUGAUGAAUGUAAAAGUAUGUGGCAGGCGUGGUCGAAACACAUAGUUACUUUUCAUUUAAAUUUAAGUACAACAUAUGUGUGAUUCAGGGCAUGAGGCAAAGUUGAUUGGAAAAUAGCGUUUUUAGUCCCAUUUACUUUUUUCGUUCUUCUGGGGACCCAUGAGCCGACUGGAAAGGGUGGAGACUUAGGCUCCCUAUAAGCUAACCAGAGGAAUGCAGACAUGUCAUCACCUACCGCACAGGAGUGUAACAAACGGGUCGGUUUUCUAAUGCGCACACAGACUAGGUUAAAGACUCCCAGUUAUUACUAGGGAUGCACCAAUAUGACAUUUUUGGGCCGAUACCGAUAUCCGAUAUUAAAAUCACGAUUAUGGCUGAUAACUGUUAUUUGCUGAUACCGAUAUACUGGCAUUAAUGCUUCUAAAAGCAGCAGAUUUUAAAUAAAAUGAAAUUUAUUAAGGCUGAAUUUGUUAUUAUUUACACACAUCACACACGUUUACAAUUCUGAGAUGAUUACAAUCACUGUUUACAUGACUAAACAAAUACACAUCCCCCCCCCCCAAAAAAAACAGAUAAACAAAUGGAAACAAGAUGAAAAAAAAAAUCGGUUAACUCAUUCAUUGCCAGCCAUUUCCUGAUCAGAAAAGCCCUUUGCUGCCAGCUUUUUUCAGUGUUUUUACUGUUUUUUUUAAGAGUCACAGAACGUUGCGUUCUAUGAUUAUGUCAACGUCAAAACAACCAAAACAAAGAGUAGACUCACCUCUUAAAUCAGGAAGAAUCCGCGCGUUUCGAGCGUUAUCCGUUCUUUCAUAAUACGUUGUCAAAUUGUGAUCGCCAGAAAGUUUUCCGGUUUGCGCCUCACUUUUUUUUUUUACAGCAGCGGCAUAAAAACAACCUCCUAAUACAUGGAUUUUCUGCUUCCUGAUCACGUGACGUGUGACGUAUGUGGAUGAAAAUCAGCUUUAGAGCUGGGACGUUUGUUCUCACGGUGCGGGGGCUUGCUCUGACGCCCACACAGUAAAAAAAUGGUGCUCUCUCUCCUCACCCCUGUCACGUGGACCUCAAGGGAUAAACCAUCAACCCUGUUCAAUGGUCAACUUUCCUGGCGGGGUCACCCAUGAAGUCAGUGGGAGGGUUAAGGGUCAUCUGAAGACCCAUAUGUAUGGUCUGGCUUCUAUGCAACAUAGUUCAUGAUCGACUCUCCACGUCAGUAGAGGUUUUUUAAGAAGGCGUUGAAGACCCAUUAUUAUAAUCUGGCUUUUAAAUCUGUGUGUUAACUGAUGUUUUGUAUUUUGCUGUAUUUUUUUAUUUGGUUUCCUAUAUAUUCUUUGUUUUUAUCUUUUUUUAGUUUAGUCUUGUUCAGCACCUUAGUGACAUAAUAUAUGUCUGUAAAGUGCUUUUAUAAAUAAAGGUGAUUAUGAUGAUGAUCUUAAUAGGUUUAAUGUAUCUAAAUUGUAAUAAUGCUGUUUUGUUUUUUGUGAAUGCCUUUUAAUUAUAUUUUAAUCUGCAUCUUAUAUUGAGUGUCAUGUCAUUUUGCACGUGUUGUUCAGCGUCUUGGGCUUCUGUAAAGGCAGUGGAAGGCGCUAUAUAAAUAGUUUUUUUUUUACCGUGAUUGAAGUUACACAACCAAUGCUUUGAAAAGUUCAACUUGUCCUGAUUUAGACUUUUUCAUAUCUUAAAAUAAUGUCAGGAUAUUUGUAUUAUGUACGGAUGUGAUAAAAAUGCAGCAAUUCAAAGAAGACAAACGUUCUGUUGUGAAUUAGUCUUUAAACAUGGAUGCAAUGAGAAUUAGACUUACUUCACAUAAAUAUUGUUUUAAUUUAAACUACAUUCAGCAUGUGGUCAUCUAUUCUGGAGAUUGUAGGCUUGAACCACAGCUGUGUGGUAUAGGAGUACAAAUUGGAGUUGAUGAGCCUGUAAGACUUUGUUUGGUCUAUGUGUGUUUUUAGAAGUCUUCAGUAUGGAGGUCCUCUCUGCCAAGGCCAACAAGAGCUUUCUAGGAAUACGUAGCAAGAAAGAAGUCUGAAAGCAGUUACCUUUUAACUUCAAGGCUGCUGAGAGAAUUUAAACCUGUAACUAAACUCAGAUUUUUUACUGCUCACCUUUGUCCUAAAGCCACUUGUGGUGUCUUUCUAUGUGGAGGCUUUGUUUUAUGAUUGACAAAGUCAACUUAGUAAGACCUUGUUUAGCAUGUCAGCACCAGGUGCAGAUUAUUUUCAGCUGCUCGUUAUAUUUCAGCACAUUUGCACAGACAUGGGCACUCGGUGAGCUUACUGCUUUAAAUAGGGUCCCAUGUGGUUUACGUCAAACUUCAGGACUGAAAACAUUUGACUUCUGGGAAGGAUCCCCUCUUUGGACCUGAGACGGUGAUGAUGAGGAGUUAGGAUUAAAUUUAGUGGAAGUUGUUUCAAAUAGGAAUGUUUGAGAGGCUUGAGUUUAACAGACUCUUCAGACCUGUCAUCAGAGAUAGAUGUUUUAACUUUUACAAAUUUUCCUUUUUUGUUAGAAAUGACAGGAUGCAACAUGUGAUGUGACAGCCUUCAGGCUGUAUUUUACAAUAAAAGAUGUUUUAGGAUGGAAAUACAUGAAUGUUGUCUGCAUUUUCAUCCUGUAAAUUAUUUAGACAGAGGGUCACUGAAGAGAUGCUGUCUAUAAUGUUUGCCUUUAACCAGUCCCCUAGUCCACUAACAGCUUAAUUCAAUUCAAUUCAAAGAUACUUUAUUAAUCCCAGAGGGAAAUUAGAGUUUCAGUACACACAAUUCCGAGAUCAGACAUACAUACAUAGGCAUAGACACGUGACAAGAAUCGGUGACUGUGGUCAUUCGCAACCCGAGUUGCGCUACCUUAAUAGAGAUCAGAGGGUCUAUAUGAGGAUUGGUUCAGGUGGAGGAAAAAAAGGCACUUCAGAGUUAUCCUCCACAGGGAGGGCAGCUUUGCUAUGCAAAAAACACCUCAGACAGAAAUGCAACAAACCUCAGACAUUACACAACAUAAGUGUCCACUAGGUGGGGAGGUAGGGUUGGGGACUCUCCACACAUCAGUGCAUGCAGCCGCGAUAAGCAGCGCUCGUCACCUCCGUUUGGACAGGGGAGGGAGGCAGUUGGGUUUAGAGAGCACAGUGACUCCUGGAAACGAUUCAGCGGCCUUCACCGGUCACAGUUCCACCCAGGCUGGGAUAGGGAGAAUCGCCAUACACCCAAAGACAGACAAAGAACCUUGGUAUAAGAUAGGGAGGAGAGGAGGAAAAAAGCCUCUGUACUCUUCAAGAGCCGGAAGAAGAAUCGCUCCAUGUUGCUUUCUCUAUUUCUGUCUGGUCCGCUGUGUGCUUCAUACACUCAGUGAUUGUUGGAAAAUAUCAUAUGUACAAGCGGAGAAUAUAUGCAUUGCUGGCGGACCUAGAAUCUACAACGUCCCACAUCUCAAAGCGACCAGUCUUCUUGCCAAACGAGACACCCUACUCCAUCCCCACAGGUGGACAAACCCACCAAGAUGUGUCGGUUCCUCCUCCAGUUCCUCCUCCACCCUCUGCUGAAGCUUUGAACGGCUCCCUGACAGACCAGCCAGACUCCCACCACUCCUCCCAGCAGUCUUUGGGUUCAGGACAGAAGAGCUCUUGGUCCAGGGACAGUAGCAGUUCUCCACUAUCACACUUUGAGGAGGACCACGUUUACAGUUUUCCAAACAAACACAAGACAUCAGACUCAUCAGCAACCAUGACCUCUGCUCUGGGCAGUAACCUCUCAGAGCUGGACCGGCUUCUGCUGGAACUCAACGCAGUGCAGCAGAGCUCCCCGUCCUUCCCCACCACAGAAGAGGCAGCUCCAGCUCUACCGUCCAGCAGCAUCACCCACUAUGAGAAUGGCAGCGCCCCGGAUAUUCUUGUUAGCCCCCCACCACAGGAGAAACCAAAGAGGAAUGGUACAAGGUCGGAGGAGUCUCGACCCACAGUAGAGAGUCUGUUGGAUGAGCUGGAGGGCUCGGUGCCUCCACCCAGCUCCUCCACCCAUCACAGUGAUUUGGAUACAUCACCUCAGCAUCAAGCCAGAAUUUCAGCUUCCUGUGCCACCAGAGAACUAGAUGAACUGAUGGCAUCUCUUUCUGAUUUUAAGCCCAGUUCUUUGGGCUCGCUGCUCGACCCUGCAGGGGCAUCUUCCACUUUUCAUCACUCUCCAGUGUCUUCCUCUGUUACUCGAGUGACUUCUGCCUCCCUUAAUCUGUCCCAUCCACCUGCCUCUGCUCUCCUCCCUCUUCCUGCUGGUCUAGAGCUGCACAUAGAUGAGGAUGGAGGAGAUGGAGGCAUGUUGGUGCCUCGUCAGUGCCGUCUCACUCCCCACAGUCCUGCAUCCUCCCUUUCUGCAGCCAGUGACACAGACCUGGACUCUGCUAUAGAGGUCUCUUCUGCUAUGCUAUCUUCCCAAACAAAGAUCCUGUUAGUCCGCUCUCAGUCGGCUCCCUCUAAUUCCAGUUUGUUGGGAAACAGCUCAAGUCCCUCCAACACCACCACCCCCUCCCUUACCUCGGUUAACACUGUUCUGGAUCGUAAGAGCCCCAAGUCCUCCAGUCCCUCUGUGGAGCGGACCUCACCCUCAUCCACAGUUGGUAAAGUGUCCUGUCCUCCUGAGUCUCUGAACAAGGGGUCUCCUUGUUUUCAGGACCAUGACGUAAAUUUCACCACUCCACCUUUUCCAAAGAGUCUCUCCCCUCCCCUAUCCACACCUUCUCCCUUCCUCGUUGCAUCGUCUGCCUCGCCAAGAACCUACUCGCCAUCUGCCUCCUCUCCACCGAUGGUCCCCUCUCCGCUCGCCUUGUCCAGCACUAGCAGACAGCUGUACGAGGUGCCAGCUGCAGCUCAGAGAGAUGUCCUCCUGACAGAGCAACAGGCCCUUGGUGUCGAGCCCUCCCUCGAUGAGGUGCUGGACAAUCUGCUUGCAAUGAGCUUUACACAGAAUCAUACAGAUACGAACAAGGAGGCGAACGAUUCUAGGAAAAGGCUGCAGGAGGUACAAGAGGAACUUAUUCUGGCAGCAGACAGAAACUGUGUGCAGCCUGACACUUUCAUCAGUACCACCAACACCCUUACUGAUGAGUCUGUGGACGGGGGCACCGAUGGGAACGGUGACCUAGACUGGGCAGAUGAAGAGCUGUCCGUGUCCUUCCAUGAUGGUCUAGAUGGCACAAUGACACCUUACACCGAGAGGCCGUACACAGAUGGCAGCAUGACUCCACUGACUGAAGCCAGUUGGAUGGAUGAGUGUACGACCCCCUCCUCGUGCCCCGGGACCCCUGAUGUAGCCCUGGAUCUGCCCCUCCUUCAGACUCCCAGUAUAGACAGAGUCUCUGCAACAGGACAUAUAAAAGCUGUGAUCAGGCGCACUAAGGAGAUUCCCAAUGUGCAUCCUAUGUUCCGAGAGAAUCUCCUGCGACGAAAGAUGGGACCCGUCAUUGUAAAUAAGAACUCAUCUCAGGACCGCCUCAUAGAGGAGCUUCAGGGUAAACUUGGAAUCGGCCGCUCCGAGCGCCGCCACAAACCGUCAGAUGAGUGGCUGACGGAGGGCGUCAUCGUCACAUCUAAACCUCAGCGAUCUCAUCAUGAAGACUUUGGGAAUGAGGUCGACAAGAUCAUAAUCCCCCCUGAGUCACCCGGUGCUCUCAGGAAGCUCCUACCACCACUCUCACCCCCUACCUCUUGUAGCUCUGCGGUUGUAGACGGACCUAAUGGACCACUCCCAUUUCAGCUGCCCCCUAUUCCAAUUCCACCACCACCUCCACCACCCGUUACUAUCCUUCGUCAAGCCAUCCGCAAUCAGGACCCACCUGCACCUCAGCAGCUUUUAAAAGCCACACCUCCACCGCCCCCACUUCAUAACUUUCCUGCCCCUAAACAAGGGCCCCCUCCCCCUGCCCGCCACACCCCAAACCGACCUCCACCAGUGGAGCCGGCCCCACCAGCUGCACCAAAGGUCCUAGUGUCUGUAGGCUGCCAAACAGAGUAUGACCCAGUCUUCCCUUCCAUUCAGAUCAUGGCCCAAGGGAAAGCUGCUGGUCCUGGUGGGCCCCCAACACAGGUCAAUAAGCUGGACAACAUGCUUGGAAGCCUGCAGUCUGACCUGAACAAACUGGGGGUGCAGACGGUGGCUAAAGGGGUGUGUGGUGCCUGUUGUAAGCCAAUUGUUGGACAGGUGGUGACCGCCAUGGGCCGCACGUGGCACCCUGAACAUUUUGUGUGUACACACUGUCAAGAGGAGAUUGGUUCCAGGAACUUUUUUGAGCGAGAAGGUCAACCUUAUUGUGAGAAAGAUUACCACAAUCUGUUCUCUCCACGAUGCUACUACUGCAACGGGCCCAUACUGGAUAAAGUGGUAACGGCACUGGAUAGAACCUGGCAUCCUGAACACUUCUUCUGCGCUCAGUGUGGAUCCUUCUUUGGCCCCGAGGGUUUUCAUGAAAAGGAUGGAAAAGCCUUCUGCAGGAAGGAUUACUUUGAUAUGUUUGCACCUAAAUGUGGAGGCUGCGCCAGAGCCAUUCUGGAGAACUACAUCUCUGCACUCAACUGUCUUUGGCAUCCAGAGUGUUUUGUUUGCAGGGAGUGCUUCACCCCAUUUGUGAAUGGCAGCUUCUUUGAGCACGAUGGCCAGCCCUACUGUGAAGUGCACUACCACGAGCGUCGGGGCUCCCUGUGUUCAGGCUGUCAGAAGCCCAUCACAGGGCGCUGCAUCACAGCCAUGUCCAAGAAGUUCCACCCGGAGCACUUUGUCUGUGCUUUCUGCUUGAAACAGCUCAACAAAGGCACGUUCAAAGAACAGAACGACAAACCUUACUGCCACGGCUGCUUCAUCAAGCUGUUCAGUUAGAACCCCGUCACAGUUCAUUCAGGCCUUAGAUCAGUGGGAUUAUAUUUCUUUUUGAUUAAAGAAAGUGGUCUAGUUAUCUGAUGAUGGUGUUGGAAGUGUGUGUAAGUUAGAUAUGUGCCUGACUCCUUUAAUAUUUUCUGAAGUAAAAAAACUUAUAAUCUUAGCAACAUAUUUCUGCAGCUGUUUACAGUCCGUCAGUGAUUGUGAUGCAGAUGUUAUUUGCAUUUCUGUGACAUAGAAUGUUUUCCAAACAGCAGAAACAAGUUUUUUUUUUUAAGAAUAGAGAAGAUUUAUUUUUCUGGUCCUUGCAUGUGUUUGUUGGAAAGGUUGGAAGGCCAAGAGCUCUAUAUCCCCAGAAUGGUUUCAGGUCUUUGCUUCUAUCCUUUCAGUAGGUGGAGAAUUUGUACUGAACACUAUGACACUGAACUCUAUGAAGAAGUGUGUGUGUGAAUGCGUUUGUGCGUGCGUGCGUGCGUGUGUGUGUGUGUGUGUGUGUGUGUGUGUGUGUGACAUUGUUGCUCACUGGUUGAGUGUCGUUUUAGAGACCAUAAUGUAAUGAACAGGUGACCUGUUAUUUUUAGCUUUACGAUAUGAAUUUUUAUUACAACCAGUGAGAAAAAAUGUUUUUAGACUAUUUUUCUUUUGUUGUAGUCAGUCAGUUUAACCCGCGUUUAACUCUUAACUGGAAAAAGACAAGCUGGGUUAUCUUUAAGUCUAUGAAAACUAUCUUGUGGCUCUUCUGUGUGUCACUUUAGAGUAAAACCCAUAUGUAUGAAAAUGUGUGGAUAUCUUGUUACAAAUCGUCAAAUCUAUGGAUAAAUGAGUCUUUAAUCUUUUUUAAAGUUUAUUCAAUCGUGAUCAAAACUGAUUAUCUCUAGCUUAAAGUAACCAGCACUUGUUGGUUUUUAAUCUAAAUCAGUAAUUUUCUAUUUCAAUCUAAAAGAUAAUUUCUUAUUUUUCUAGGGGAAAAUAGCAAACCUUUUUCACUGAAGUGGUGGAAUUCUUGACAUUACUUGUAUUCCUGACUAGGUACCGGGAAGUUUUUGUAAAAACAAAGUAAUAUUACGGUUUGUUUUGUAACCACUUGUACAGUGAUGAAGAGGGUUGUGCAGAAGAAACUGAUGCUUUUGCUGUGAUUACUUUAUUAAGACACUGAUGAACAAUACACUAUUUGUGAAAUCCCAAUAACUGUGCAACUAUGGAUUCACUCUGUUGUGCUUUUAAAUCAACACCAGGCUUCAUAAAAUCCCACUUUUGUGUUGCUGUGCUAGUCUGAGUCCAGUGAGUUGUAUUGGUCAGAAUGUCCCAAAUCAACUUGUUGAACCUACUGUAUGAGCACUAGCUUGGGUCUCUAUCAGUAUUUUGUCCUUUUUUUCAGGGAAUUUUAGAGCCGUCUUCCACUAUUUAAAAUGUUAUGUAACAGGUGUCUGUUCAGAUCAGUGUAGUAGAGCUUUAUUUAACCAAAACUAUACCUUCAAAUAAUUUUUGUCUUGUAUUUUUUUCCUUUCUUUGGUUUGAAUGUCCAUAUAUCUGAAUAGUGAAUAUCAUCAAUUCUACUUUAAGCAAAUAAAAUCCGUUUUCCUAUCAA